UGUUAGAUUUUCUCUAAAGACACGACAGUCCACCAAAAAUGUCUUACCUAACUGUAUUUAUUGUAAUUUGCGCGAUUACCGCCGUAGCUGCCUCAGAGAGCAAGCUGAACUGGUCGACCGUUGUGCGUCCACAUAUGAAUCCUGCGGAUGCAAUUCAACCUAAAUUACAUGAGAGGAACUUUGGUGCGCGCAUUAUUAAUGGAGAAAUAGCUGGACGUAAACAAUUUCCCUAUCAAGCGGGUUUGGAGUUUUUUACACUUUUAGGGGGAGUUUGGUGUGGCGGAUCUAUCAUCUCGGAUCGUUGGAUUAUUGGCGCUGCACAUUGCACGGAAGCGCUCAUCGCUGGUGUAAAUGUGUAUGUGGGUGCUUUCAAUAGAUUAGAUCGCAAAGAGGCGGGUCAACACGUUAUUUAUGUAACAAGGAAACACAUAAUCUUGCAUGAGAACUAUGAUGACAUUGAGCUUACAAAUGAUUUAGUCCUAAUUAAACUGCCAGUGCCGCUGGAAUUCACUGAGUUCAUUCAGCCAGUGAAACUUCCGAAAAGAGAGGCAGUUAAUGAAUCUUUUGAAAAUGAAAUCGCGAUUGCGUCCGGCUGGGGAAUAAUAUCCGAUGAUGACUUCAAACCCACGGAUAUUCUACGCUGGAUUGAUGUACCGAUUAUUAGUAACACUGAAUGCAAUUCGUGGAUUUAUGGCUCAAUUCAUUCAACAAAUAUUUGCAUCGGCACUGAUAACUAUAAGUCCACAUGUCACGGUGAUGCCGGCGGGCCCCUGGUUUUAGCUAAGGACUCAACACUUAUCGGCGUGGCAUCCUACAAUAUUAUCUAUAGCUGUGAGAUUGGUGGGCCAGCCCCUUUUACGCGCGUAACUUCGUAUUUGGACUGGAUUGAAGCUAAAACUGGCAUAUCGAGCAAAUAACCAAAUCUUGAUAUCUUUUUAGUUAAAGUAUAACAUUUUUAAGUGUAAAUGCGGUAAAAAUUGAAAAUAAAGCGGUCAUCGAUUUUCUGCGAUCUCGACGUGUCGAUAGUCAUGGUUA